UGAACUGAGAAUUCGUUUCCCUCCAAAAGACCGACCCGCCUCCAACUCCCAUACGAAACAGUCACGGAGAAAUUGGCGCAGAGAGAGAGAGAGAGAGAGAGAGAGAGAGAGAGCACUAGCAGCGGCCAUGGCGGCGGGGGUUGUUUCCGUUCCGAUUCCAAACGACACGUACAAUCUAGGGUUCAUCGGCGCCGGCAAAAUGGCGGAGAGCAUCGCCAGGGGCGUCGUCAAGUCGGGCGUGUUACCCGCCUCCAGGAUCCGAACCGCUCACCUCGGAUCCGCCCGCAGGGCCGCUUUCGAGUCCUUCGGCGUCAAAGUCUUCGAUCGCAAUGUCGAGGUAAUCGAAGACUGUGAUGUAAUCAUCUUCUCUGUCAAGCCUCAGAUUGUUAAGGAAGUGGUCUUGCAGUUGAAGCCACUACUUUCAGAGAAGCUUCUAGUUUCUGUUGCUGCAGGAGUUAAAUUAAUAGACCUUCAGGACUGGGCUGGUCACAGUCGAUUUAUUAGGGUGAUUCCAAAUACUCCUGCUGCUGUAGGGGAGGCAGCAUCUGUUAUGAGCUUGGGAGCAGCUGCCACAGAGGAUGACGGCGAAUUGAUAGCUAGGCUGUUUGGGGCAAUUGGGAAGAUAUGGAAAGCUGAUGAGAAACUAUUCGAUGCGAUAACUGGGCUGAGUGGCAGCGGCCCAGCAUAUAUUUACUUGGCAAUAGAGGCUUUGGCUGAUGGAGGGGUGGCGGCAGGUUUACCAAGGGAACUUGCGUUGGGUCUAGCUUCUCAAACUGUACUAGGAGCAGCGUCUAUGGUUAGCAAAGGAGGGAAGCAUCCAGGUCAGCUUAAAGAUGAUGUUGCAUCACCUGGUGGGACCACCAUUGCUGGUAUUCAUGAGUUGGAGAAGGGUGGGUUUCGUGGGAUCUUAAUGAAUGCUGUUGUUGCUGCCACCAAACGUAGCCAAGAAUUUUCCAAGAGAUAGUUUUCGACUCUGCUUCAGAGGCUAAUUUUGCUGGUAAGCCAACUUAAUCAAUCCAUAUGCAAUUUGAAGAGGUGAUGCGGUCAAAUUGAUGGCAGACAUGCAAGAUCAAUUGUUUUCAGUGAGUCGUAGUAUUAGGAGGUUUUAGGAUGAUAUUGCAGUUUCUUUUUAGAGAUUGGAUUUCAGGUCUAUUAGGUAUCUAUGUUGGAGAGAUUACUAGGUUUAUUUUUAAUUGGUUUAGUGAUUUAAGCUCUAUUCUCUGUCCACGAACUUACUAAAUUAAUAAAGGAUGUGAUUCCAACGUAAA